GGAGCAGUCAUGUUAGACCUUAGUUUUCUUUGUAACAGUCAAUGCGCGGAGCAGCCUAUGUCUGGGCUGCCUCUCCCUUAAAUCUCUCAUUCAUUCAGUCCCUCGCUCUCGCAUUAAAUAUUCUCUCUCUCCACGUUCUCUUUUCUACGUUUUUUUCCUACGUUUUCUACAGCAAAAGGGCGCUGUCUUUCUCUCUCUCUUCUCACUUCUCUCUCUCUCUACUCUUUGGUAAAGUUGAGCUGUAAAGGAUAGACGCGAGAUCCGUCCUCCUUCAUUGAUUUAUGAAAUUGCGCUUCACCGAUCAGUGAACAAAUUGGGGGGAAAAGGUGUUGAGGAUUAUUCUAUUGGUGUUGAAAUGGCGAACCGGAAGGAGGACGAGAAGAAUGAGAGAACUAUACGGAAUCUUCUAAAGCUUCCUGAGAAUCGCCGGUGUAUUAACUGCAACAGCUUGGGGCCCCAAUAUGUAUGUACCAGCUUCUCGACAUUUGUCUGUACAACCUGCAGUGGGAUUCAUCGGGAGUUCACGCACAGAGUGAAGUCGGUAUCUAUGGCUAAAUUUACUCCACAAGAAGUUAGUGCACUUCAAGGAGGAGGAAAUGCGAGUGGUAGAGAAAUUUAUUUGAAGGAAUGGGAUCCUCAGCGUAAUUCUCUCCCUGAUGGCAGCAAUGUAGACAGACUACGUGAUUUCAUCAAACAUGUCUAUGUAGACAGAAGAUAUACUGGUGAAAAGAAUGUGGAAAAACCUCCAAGGGCAAAGAUGGGAGAAACCGAGGAUUUCAAUGGAAAUAGGAGGGCAGACAACUAUCAGGGUAGUCGGAGUCCUCCUUAUGAUGAUUCCUUCGAUCGUCGCUAUGGUGAUAGGUCUAGUUCGGGUGGAAGAAGUCCAUCAUAUGAUCAAGACAAUCGGCAAAGUGGCGAUUUUAAAAAAAGUCCUGCCAAAGAAGUAGUUAAUGAUUGGAGACGAGAGGAUAGAUUUGGAAAUGGCAGGAGGUCCGAUGAAGGCUCUAAACUUGAAAUUAGGUCCCCUGAUCAUCGAAAGGAUUCGGACAUAUCCAGUCCUCCCGUGGUCCGUCCUGUCAGAGAUAUUUUAGGAGAUAAUGUAUCUCCACUUCGAGUUAUUGAACCUCCAAAAGCCACUGGUGGGAAGCCAAUUGAUGGUCGGGCACCAACACAGAGAACUGCAUCCUCCAGUAGCUUGGCAUCAUCAGAUGCGAAUCCAUCUGAGAGUAAAGUGGAGGCCUCAUUUAUUGAUUUUGAUGCUGUUCCUGAACCUCCUACAGUUACUGUACAACAAUCUAGCAGUAAUGAUUGGGCAAAUUUUGAUUCUCUGCCUGAUUUGAAAACAACUACUCCAGCUUCAAACUCUGUGGAAUCUCUACUUUCUGGGUUGUCGGUUCCAGCAUCCUCAUCUGGUCCCUUUGCCCCUCCAGGAACAUCAUCUUCUUUCAGUUCCACUGGUAUACAAGGCUCAUCAUUUGGACCAUCCUUCGGAGAUACUGCUCCACCAUCUGGUAUUCCCACUGGUGCUGCUUCUGUUUCAUCUUUUGGCUCUGCACCUACACAUGCUCCCACUGGAGGGCAGUGGCCUACCAUGAAUCCUCAACAACAACCUCUGUUCCCUGGAGGUAUUCAACAGCCUGUUUCCGGUGGAUCUUCAAUCAACAAGUCAUGGAAUCCACUUAUGCAAAAUGCCUAUGGGCCUCCUAGUGCUUCUAUUGCACAAGUGGGUCAAGCUGAAAUGGCUCAUGCUCCUGCCCCUGUUAUUGGAGAAUCUACAUCUGAUGGAAAACAUAGCGGAAGAAAUGCACUUCCUGAGGACCUAUUUUCGAUGAAUUACUCCUCGUAUAAUCCAUCUCCAGUUCCAGGGUGGUAUCCUGGCGCCCAUUAUGUUGCUAGGGUUCCUAUGCAUUACAAUACACCCAUGGCUGUAGCGAAUUACCAGUCAAUGCCAACAUCAAUCAAUCCUUUUGAUGUUAACGAACCUUCUCCAGUUCAAGCAUCAGCAUUUCCUUCUAUGGCAUCCUUACAAGGUGCUUUACCCAAAACUGCUACCUCGUCUGGGCUAUUGCAUACUCCGAAUUAUGGAGCCUCUCCAUAUGCUCCAUCAAUGCCAUCAUAUGCACCAACAAAUCCUACAAGUUCGUUCAUGGGACAUGAAAUAGCUGGUGGCAGCAUGGCACCAAGGCCACAAGGAUUUCCUGGUUUCGGCCUCGAUGACUCUGCUUUUGCCUCUCUUAACCCAAAUCCUCAAGCAGGUGGACUACACGCAGCAGCUCAUCCUGCUUCUAGUAACUUCAGUACCCCCAGUGGAAACCCAUUUGGCUGAGUUCGAGGUAAAAUAGUUUUUUAUUUUUUUCUAUAAAAGAAAAGGAGAGAAAAAUAGAAGAAAAAAGAACCGGUUUUGUAAGAGCUCCAUCUUGUUGCAUCCUUUCAACUUAUUGUAGAUGAAAUAGUGAAAGUGAAGUGUGCUGCAUUUAGACUUUAACAAGUUACAUUUUUCGCUGGGGUUGUAAGUCAACAAGAAUGUAUGGUAUUGGUAGUUGGGGAUUGGGGUUGUGUACAUUCCGACAUGAGUAAUGUGUGAAGUCGUCGACUGUGGCAUAGUGAGUGAUGCCCACCUGCCAGAGAUGUGUAUUAUAAGUUCAGUUUUUCUAGUCUUGUUAUUGUGUUGAGAUUUACAUAGUGAAAGAAACGAAUCGUCAGUUUGUAGGUUAAUAUUAUUUGCCCGAAUCAUUGAUAUUCAUAUUCUUUGGUCAAAUAAAACUGCAUAUGGUGGUUUUGUUA